GGUUUAUUUUAUUAUUUACACGACGCUCUUGAACGGCGACCGUGCCAAACACACGCACAAACAUAAACUUGCAUCUUUAAAUAUUAGUUUUUUAUAUUCAAUAUCUGUGAACGUUCAAAAGUUUGUUUGAAAAAUGUACAAAAAGGUUUUCUUUUUAAUUUUUGCGGCGACACUGGCUAUGAGCGAUGGUAUUCAGCCUACGAACUACGAAAUAAGUCGAAACCAACUGGGCGGUUUCGGAAUAAGAGAAGUACUGGACUUUUUGUUAGGAGGCAACUAUGGAAACUACCCAUACCCUACUGGACCUGGAUACUACCCCGGUCAUGGGCAGUAUGGACAAGGGCAUUAUGGACAGCACCAUGGCCCACCAGGCCCUCCCGGGGCCCACCCUGGAUGCCCCCUGUGUGACUCUUCUGUGUACAGCUACUGCUAUCAGAAACAGGCUCACGAUGCUUGCUGCUGCGGUCACGUGUUCAACCCUUACUGCGGCAAGACUGACUGCAAGUUCCUGUACGCCAACUCCUGCGAGGAACACGACCUAAUCUCAAACUGCUGCUGCGUGGACCUCUACAAGAAUAAUCCGCAAGGCGCACCCAUUGUACCUGCUGUCGCCGUGUAAUCCACCUUAUUUGUGUAGAGAUAAGAUCUUAAUUUGUAUAACUGUUUCGUUCCCGAUUGCAUCAAACUGAUGGUAAGGUACUUGUAUUCAUAUGUCAGUAGAAAAAAAACAGUAAUGAAAGUUAGUAAUGCAAGAUGUCUGUAUUUACAUUUUGAGAAAGAUCGCUAAAAGAUUAUUUAGGUAGGUAUGUAGAUGUAGCUUAUAUCAGAUUUACGUGAUUCUUUUUAAAUUGAAAAAUAUAUUAUUUGAAUCAAAAAUAUAUGUAGGUACGCUGUCACAUCAAGAUUUUUUAUAGAUUAGCUCGUCUACGUUUCUUUUACUUAAAAAUACUUUAUUUCAGUCACAAGUGCCAUUAAUUAAUAAGUGACAAGUAGUAAUUUAGUUUGAUGCAACGGGACUUACGUAGCUUAAGUACUUAGCUUUUAAUUCACAAUAAACUCAUAGUCAAUUAUAUCCAUUUCACAAAA